UCCCACGAAACCCUCUUGGACCAUGUAUUAGAGCUGAUUAUGAACGAGAAGCCUCCAAACAGCACUAGUCUGUUUCUGAGUGAAGACUCUGAGAAACCACAGCGCGCUCAGGAGGGCCUCCACCGUCUGUGCCGAGCGUUACAGAAGCAGAUGUCAGGAAGUCGACGAAAGAUGGGCGGCAUCACACGAGACAGCAUCAAGAUGUUCCUGCGGAGGAACACCUUUGUGAUCUUCACGGUGGCCGCUGUGGCUUUAGGGGUGGUGUUGGGUUUCGCGCCGAGGCCUCAUAACCUGUCCAUCAGGGAGGUGAAGUAUUUCUCUUUCCCUGGAGAGCUGCUGAUGAGGAUGCUUCAAAUGCUCGUUCUACCGCUCAUCGUCUCCAGCCUUGUCACAGGAAUCUCCUCUUUAGACAGCAAGACCUCUGGGAAGAUGGGAAUCCGGGCCAUCGUCUACUACAUGGUGACCACGUUUAUAGCGGUUUUCAUCGGUAUUGUAAUGGUGAUUAUUAUCAGGCCGGGUAAAGGCAGCAGGGACAGUCCAGUGGCCUCUAGUGGCAGCACUGAGCCUGUGCAGGCCGCUGACACUUUUCUGGACCUGAUAAGAAACAUGUUUCCACCAAAUUUAGUUCAGGCCUGCUUUAAACAGGUUUGUGAAUCCUCUCCGAAUGCAUCUCUGAAGAUAAUGUGGCACUUCUCAUUUGUUGAGCUUCUUGUCUUCCUCAGCUCUGCCACCCUGCCCAUCACUUUCCGUUGUCUUGAAGAAAACAACCAUGUGGACAAACGAGUGACACAUUUUGUGCUGCCAGUUGGAGCCACAAUCAAUAUGGAUGGCACUGCUCUGUACGAGGCAAUGGCGGCCAUUUUUAUUGCCCAGGUCAAUGACAUGGACCUGAACUUUGGGCAGAUCCUCACCAUCAGCAUUACGGCGACUGCCGCUAGCAUCGGAGCAGCAGGCAUCCCUCAGGCUGGGCUGGUUACCAUGGUGAUAGUAUUGACAUCGGUGGGACUGCCCACAGAGGACAUUACACUGAUCAUCGCGGUGGACUGGUUCCUGGAUCGACUCAGGACCACCACCAAUGUGCUGGGAGAUUCAUUCGGCGCUGGGAUCGUUGAGCAUCUGUCACGACAGGAACUCCAGAACCAGGAUGUGGAAAUCAGCAACUCUGUGAUCGAGGAGAAUGAAAAGCCGUACCAGCUGAUCUGUCAGGAGAACGACUCUCUCAAACAUCGCAACAGUGAAACCGCCAUGUAAUUAUCCUCAAAUCAUUAUAGUUCACACCAACGGACUGUAAAAAAAGAUGGCCGACGCAUCUCCACUUCUGUCCACCAUAGAAGUGAAGCCAAAAUAUCCCAGUUACAGCCGUUGUCAAAGUGUGAAAAUGAAGUAAUUUGGGCCAGAGUGUGCCAGUAGUGAUCAUGAGGUGGAGCUGCGGUAUCAAAAUCCCAUCCAAGCUCCCACAGACCCAAUCACAAACCCACAAUCAUGACACCA